GCCGGCCUGUCGCGAUCACUGUCUAGCGCGAGCUGGUGCGCUGCAGGCACGGAGAGGAGCCCGGAGGUAACCGGUCGCGGAGCCUGGUGUUUAGGGACGAUACCGCGGACUCAGACAGUGCUGGUGAUAGACGCAGUGACGGGGAUGUGAUUGUGUGACCGGGCGAACACAGGACAUCGUAUAGUUAUCAGUGUCGGAGACAUGAGGCCGGCACAAGUAAUUGUGCUCGCUGCUGCCCUGGCGGUGAUGGCGACCGCAGAGUCAAAGGUUGUAUCGGGAAAGAAGGAUGACUCCAGCGGCCAGACUCUGCCUGGAACUCGCCCGUCUGACUCCGGGUCGGACGGGAACCCUCCGGCUGCGGACACAGGUCCCUCCGGCGAGGUUCGAGCGGCCACCGCCCUUCAGCCACAGUUUGUUGUCCCUGACAACGGCGAACCGGUAGGUCUGCUGGUGAACUCUGGCGUGCCCAGAAGGGAUGUCAGUGGCGAUGGGGACACGGAACCUACAGUGGCGAGUCGCGGUGACGGUUCCGCGUUCCCCGGUCGCCAUGGGCCGUCGGCCGCUGCCCGAACGGACCUGUACGGCCUCCUUAGCGGUCCAGAGGUGACCGCCAGAGACGCCGAGCAGUCUGCGGGCUCACUGGCCGCACAGAGGCGCAGCGGAGACGCGUCAGCUCGCCGCUCUCUGGCCGAAUCCGGUCCCCGCAGCCGAGGCCGUCUGCUGUCGCUCAUUGAUGGCGUGUAUCAGGAGAGUCUGGACCGGGACGGCAACACCACCUACAUCACACCGCUGGACCGGGUGAGUGAGGAGCCGUUCGAGCUGUCCGUCAGACGCUACAGCAGGUUCGUGGAGAGCCGGGCACAGCGGGGCGGUCGGAUGCACGCGGAAGAGGACCUGGAGGACCUGCUUCAGAGACUGAGGGGCAGACUGAACCUACAGGAGUCGAACGGAAAUUCAGCUGGAGAAUCAGAGGAUCAGCAGGGAGAUAAUCGUGAACGCAGCCACACUAACCUGGAAACUUCUGAUGCUUUGGUAAAAACAGAGCUCGGUGAAGGGAAUAGAGUGGAUGAGUCAUUUGACCUUGCCCCUUUGAUUUUGUUCAAUUCCAAGAGUGAUACAGGUUCGCCUCCAUCAAUCGAACAAACUGAGCAGAUUAAUGAUAUUAAAUAUGAAAGUGAUCCCGACAGUUCUGAUGAAUAUUACGAGGACAUAAAUGCUGAUCAUGAGUAUGAGGACUACCAGUAUGACACUUAUACAGAAUACGACCACGGACAAGAACUAAGUAAUAAUGAUGUUGCGGAAAACAGCAGAGCUCUGGAGGGACUGGAAAAUAAAGUCUCAUUAGACACCGACUACUCAAAUGCCAAAGCGGAACAGGACGCCGGCUUUGUUGUGCUACCUCCCGCAGAAAAGAACGAAAGACCAACGGAAGGUCACGACGAACCCACUAUCAUCGAAUCUCCUUUCGGUGAUGACACACAUUCUAAGGAAAGUAAAAGUAAUAUUGAAUCGCCAGCGUCGACAGCCAAACGCACGUUAUUUGACGAAGAUGAGGAGCGUGAAAACCAUGUCGACACAAACGAAAAGAUUACCUCUAGAAGACAUUUAAAUGACCUCACCGAACUACCCGAUACGCUACAGCCACCUCUAGAUGAUGCAUUGGAAUCUUAUCUGCAUUUUGAUCCGGAGGCACAAACAGUCCAAGAAUCUGUACCUUCUCUACAUGAGCACACAGAUAACGUCUUAGUCACGGCUGAGUCAGUAGACGUUUCGGACACCGAGAAACAUUCUGAUGAUGACCGAUAUUCAGGAGGAACAGACGAAACGCCUAGACGUCUUCCGGAGUAUGAAACACAUGCGGAGAUCAGUCUUAGAGGAGGCAUCGAAUCCUCGGAUCCAGAGGCGGAAGGCUACGGUCCCGCCAAGCCGUCAAGCAUUUACAAACCAGGCGAUGACACUGAGCUGAAUAAUGUGACCAAGUUAGAAGAUAGCGAUUCUGAACAAGUACUGCAACGUGCGGUCACUCCGCGUAGUCUUGACCAGGACAUCUCUCUCUACGACUCUCCGCCUAACUCUGUUACCGAAAAAAGCAGCGAACAGGCCGAGCCUCGGCUGAUCGAGCCGUGGGAGCCGCCAAAACAGCAGCCCAGAAUCCGAAUCCACCUCCCGUUUGUGCAGGAGGAGACCAUCAUCCAGUUCCAUCCACCCGACCGACACAAUUAUGGUCCACCGAAGGGAGUCGCCUCGACCAGCUCCAAGCCGGCGACUCACAGCAGCCAUCCUUCGAGGACUCGCGGCAGUGCUCCGAAGACCAAGAACUCGCCACCGCCCGCCCUCCGGAAUCCUGGCCGUUCUCCCUCCGACGGACACAUCGCGAAGGGCUCUCCCGUACCGAGUCAACUGCUGCCGAAGGAGCACAGAGUAGUGCCUCAGCGCCCUCAGCAAGUCAAGCGUCCACGACCCAGCGCGUCAGUGCACAAGCUGCCCAAACCCUCUGUUCCUGCCAGCACCCAUCGGCCUCUUGCUCACACGACUCCUCGCCGGCCUGUGCACAAGACUCACCACAGACCGACCACCAGCCAUUCCAAGCCGUCCCUGCGCCCGGCAUGGCUUGACGUCCCACGAGAAGUUCUUCCGCUAGCAGGUCCUUCCGACACUUACGCUGACCUACCGUACGACCCAGCCACUGAGCUGUCCUUUGACCCAGUCCAGCUCACCACGACUUCUCCGGAGUACUUACCGGUCUACCCACCCACGCAUCCGCACAGUGCCGCUCAUGAAGACGAAGAGAAGUCGAGCUAUUCACAGGUGGAGCCCAUACCAACUCCUCACGAACCUACUCACACCGUGACGAGCUAUGUAUCUCCGAUUCCGGUAAAGUUGAAGCCAACUGAACCCUCUUCAUACGUGUCGCUGCAACCGAACCCCUUGUACGUUUCAAAUAAUCCUUCAGCAUCACCGUCUUAUGUCCCACCAACGCCUUCUUACCCUUCGACUACGCCAACCCCUUCAUAUUCGUCACCCACUCCAUUCACGUCACCAAAACCAGUCACAGUACAAACAUCACCGAACCCUAUUUCAUCGUAUGCUUCGCCAACCCCCAGUCCUUCGUACGUCCCACCAACUCCCACCCCAGAAUACAUUCGACCACAUUUCCCUUCAGCGCACGCUUCCCCCGUGCACCCCAUCCCAAAACCUCUCAUCGUAAAUGUCCCUCACAAUGACAUAGUUCAUCCUCUUUGGGGACAUCAAGAUCCACAUCCUCUGCCUGGUCAUCCGGAGUCGCAUCCACCAGUCGUUCUACCCCCACCUGCCAUCCGGAACUAUGCCGUUCCGUCUGUGGACAAGCUCUCCCAACGUCCUCUGCCUCGAGUGCCAGCUUUCUCACACAUUCAGGGUUAUGAAGAGCCUCCAGGCUUUGCUCACCCCGCGAUCGUUCCAGAUGUUCCGCCUCCACAUCCUGGACACGUUGAACAGCCCGUUCGCAACUACGUGCGUGCGCCCAGCGAUAAACUAGUGCAGAAGCCGGCACCCCCAGUGGCUCAUACGCCCAGCCCCGACCAGCCUAGCCACUCUGUUCGAAACUACGUGACCCCACCGAGCCACGAGCUUGCGCAGAAGAAGCCGACCGCAGUGUCAGCGCCCCAUCCACCGGAGGUCCACACAGCCGACCCGCCGGUCCGUAACUACGCUGUCACAGCCAAAGGCCACCAGGAGAAGAGGCCCCACCUGGUGUUGGCUCAACCGUCCCACCAGGCUGCUAUAGGGCACACCACCAGGAACAACCAACCACGGGGAGAUGAAGCCGAUCGUCGGACCGCCAAGCAGGACGCCGUGGAGCCGCACAUCGUAGUCGGAACUCUGGAGCGUCCUGCUGAUGGUACUGAAGAUGCCAGUGAUAAUCAGCUGGAAUCGUCCUAUUCUUCAUUGGAGUCUGAGCCACGGCAGACUGUGGGGGACGAUCACGAGCUUCCGCAGCUGCAACAACAUCAUCAAGAGCUAGAACAAAAUCGUCAGCAGCAUCAGCAUGAUAAACUUCAAGAGGCGCAACAGGAAGGGGACGACGAAACCUCUCCCCAUCAGCUUCCCGAGGCUUCAUUCUCGGACAGCCACCGUCCUCAACCGCAGCGACGGGGGACGACCAUCAUCGACGUGCUCGAGGCAGCCGACUCCCGCCUCCUGCUGAAACUGAUGGACCUCUCUGGGAUGCGGGAGCUGCUGGAGGAUACAGGUCCGUACACGCUGUUUGCGCCCAGCGAGCGGGCCCUGGGGGAGCUGCUGCACCGUCUCGGCGGAGUGGACACCAUCCUCGACACCAUGGGCAAGGACAGUCUGCUCAAGCUGCUGCAGUACCACGUGCUACGCGGCUACGCCCUCCUCGAGGACAUGGAGCACGAGCUGCUGGCCAGGACGCUCGAGGGCUCGCACCUGCGCAUCAACCGCUACGACACCUACGACAACGUGUACGGCAGCGCCAACGUCACGACGGUCAACGGCGAGCGGCUGGUGCGCGCCGAGCUGGCCGCUGACAACGGCCUGGUGCACUUCAUCGAGGGCGUGCUAGCGCCGCCGCCAGCCGACCUGGUGCGCACCCUGAGCAGGGACCCGCGCGGCAGGUUCAGCGUACUCAUAGAGGCCGUCAAGCUGGCCGGCCUGCAGGAGGUGCUGGCGGACACCACAGCCGGUCCGCUGACGCUGCUGGCUCCCACAAACGUGGCGUUCACGCAGCUGCCGGCUGAGCAGCUGCGCCGGCUGCUGCGCGACCGUCGCCGGCUGCGGCAGCUGCUGCUAGGGCACGUGCUGGUCGGCAGUGUGUACUCGUCCGGCCUGCAGCCGUUCCAGGAACUGGAGACGCUGUCCGGAUCCACCGUGCGCGUCUUCAGCGACACAGUGUCGAUGAAGGUGGACAACGCGCUGGUGAUCGUGCCUGACGUCACGGCCGGGAACGGUGUGGUGCACGCCAUCGACGCAGUGCUCGGCCUCCCCGAGGAGCGGUGAGAAGUGUGACGUCAUUGUGACGUCAUCUGGCCGACAAGGUUCGCCGAGUGUUUCUUGUACUGCUAUGAUUAUGAUCACGGAGCUGACCCAAGGCCUGACGUUAUUGGGAUUCAAGACAUGGGUGCAUUUUCUACGAGAAAAAGUUGACGUUGAAAUGCACGUGUAUUUGUAUAGAAGCGAUCAUAGUAUGAUAGCCUUAUCUCGGUAUUUACAUUAUGCUUAUGAGCGAAUGACAUUACUUAGUGAGUGAAAUCAUAAGAGCGAAACAAUUAAGAAGGAGAUGAAGUGAAAAUGUUCUAGGAUGUUGUGUUAAUUGUUAGCCGUGUCUUUCAUCUAUUAUGGUAGAAUGUGUGCAUGCUUGUGGUUUAGUGCAUCCGUACAAAUUGGAACCCUACAAUUAGAAAGGGACGUUUCUCUAGCUAAGUAUUGAUUCAUGAAUAACUCGCGAUGUUAAUACUCACGUGCGUUACUUGAUAACGGAAAGGCAAGUAGUCAUUUCGCAGCCACCGUUAAAUUUCGCGUCCUUCUACACCGUUCCAAUGAAAAGCGCCUCAGUAAGUACCUAUGUAUUUUGCAUGUCUGCAAUAGCUACCUCCAUUAUUCUCAUGUCGAAAUGUACACAAUUUGAGGUCAAAGACCGUUGGCGAUAUCCGUGUCCAAAGAAUAUUUCAGAUAAGCCGGUUGCAAAGUGCGAUCUUGAUUGGUGCGCACUGGUAAUGCAAUUAUCAUGUAUAUAUUUACUUUUACUGCUGCAUAUAUUCAGCAUGUUCUUCGAGUUACGAGCUGCAGACUGUUGACGUCAUCGUAUGUAGUGUUUUUACUUAUGUAUUCUUAACUAUUUGCUUUGUUGUUUCGUAAAUAUAGAAUUGCCUAUACAA